UCUACUGUAAACUUCGUACAAUGAGCUCCUUAUGAAAACACGCCAUUCAGCUACCUACAUAAGCACCCGGGAUAUGGCUGCUCCCACGGUUGAUUCUUUCCCUCCUUCACGUCAACAAACGCUCAGAAUGGACUACCUGAACGUAGGUCUCAAAAGAAGACAGAUGUCGUCUGCUGCAUGUCACAUGAGGUCUUCCUCCAGUAAAGUCUUGUCGUGGCUGGAGAGUAACAUCGCGUCUAUCGUAUCCCCUGACAGUGAUUGCUGCCUGUCGCCGGCUACCUGCUCUAACCACAACACCUCAGUGUUGGCAGUACUCAGUAAAAUUCUAGAAGAUCGUCUGCUGAGACUCAACACACGCAGAAGACAAAUAGAACAGCGCGAUGACGUCCUUGACGAAAGAAGACGAACAGUCGAAGCAAUGGCUCUCAAGGUCCUCAAUUCUUCCGGUGAAACGACAGAUAUGUCUGUGGUGUUUGAUUCCUCCGGAAGCAGUGGGAUCUCUGCGCACAAGUUGCUGACACUGUGUAGAAGUGGCGCCACUACGAAGUCAACAGGGAAGUCCCUGAAGCAAGACCAAAGCACACCUGCUGCUGUUGAUGCGCCAAGACAUGUGCCUUCUAGCCGGCUUCAGUCUACUCGGUCGGGUCCUCACGGGUGUAUUCGGCCCCGCCUGGAAAGACCAGACGCGACCACUUCUACGUCGUCCAACGUCUACACACAUACGACGGCUCCACCACCAAAAGACUCUCAGUUAUACGAACUGAAGAGAUACUAUAAGAAUGGUUACAGAUGUACAUGGUGCUGA